AGUCGCUGCUGCUCAGAGGAGAUAAUGGCUCAGAAAGGAGUUCACUUGGACCAAGAAACCUUCUCUUGUUCCAUCUGUCUGGAUCUACUGAAGGAUCCGGUGACUAUUCCCUGUGGACACAGCUACUGUAUGACAUGUAUUAAUACUUUCUGGGAUAAAGAGGACCAGGAGGGAAUCCACAGCUGUCCUCAGUGCAGGCAAACCUUCACCACGAGGCCUGUUCUUUUGAAAAGCACCAUGUUAGCAGCUUUAGUGGAGGAGCUGAAGAAGACUGGACUCCAAGCUGCUCCUGCUGACCACCACUAUGCUGGACCUGAAGAUGUGGCCUGUGAUUUCUGCACUGGGAGGAAGAGGAAGGCUGUCAAGUCCUGUUUGGUUUGUUUGGCCUCUUACUGUGAGAAACACCUUCAGCCUCACUAUGAUGGAGUUCAGUUGAAGAAACACCAGCUGGUGGAGCCCUCCAAGAACCUCCAGGAGAACAUCUGCUCUCGUCAUGAUGAGGUGAAGAAGAUGUUCUGUCGUACUGAUCAGCAGUCUAUCUGUUAUCUCUGCUCUGUGGACCAACAUAAAGGCCACGACACAGUCUCAGCUGCAGCAGAAAGGACUGAGAGGCAGAAAGAGCUGGAGGUGAGUCGACUGAACAUCCAGCAGAGAAUCCAGGACAGACAGAAAGAUGUGAAGCUGCUUCAACAGGAGCUGAAGGACAUCAAGGUCUCUGCUGAUAAAACAGUGGAGGACAGUGAGGAGAUGUUCAGCGAGCUGAUCCAUCUGAUCCAGAACAGAAGCUCUGAGGUGGAGCAGCAGAUCAGAUCCCAGCAGGUGAUUGAAGAGAGUCGAGUCAAAGAGCUUCAGGAGAAGCUGGAGCAGGAGAUCAGGGAUCUGGAGAGGAAAGACGCUGAGCUGAAGCAGCUCUCAGAUACACCAGAUCACAGCCAGUUUCUCCACAACUACCCCUCAGUGUCAGCACUCAGUGAGUCCACACACUCAUCCAGCAUCAGCAUCCGUCCUCUGAGACACUUUGAGGACGUGACAGCAGCUGUGAAAGAGCUCAGAGGUAAAGUAGAGGACGUUCUGAAGGACACCUGGACAAACAUCUCACUGACAGUCACUCAGCCAGACGUUUUACUGUCAGAACCAGAACCAGGACCAGGACUAGAACCAAAGACCAGAGCUGGAUUCUUAAGAUAUUCACGUGACAUCACUCUGGAUCCAAACACAGCAAACACAAACCUGGUUUUAUCUGAAGGAGACAGAAAAGUAACACUAGUGAGACAACAUCACUCUUAUCCUGAUCAUCCAGACAGAUUCAGUUAUUGCUCUGAGAUUCUCGCCAGAGAGAGUCUGACUGGACGUUGUUACUGGGAGGUGGAGACGACAGCAAGAGGAUUUUCUAUAGCAGUCUCAUACAAGAGCAUCAGCAGAGCAGGGAGUGAGAGUGGAUUUGGCCAAAAUGAUAAGUCCUGGGCAUUAGAAUAUUAUGACAACAGUUAUAAAUUUAUGUGCAAUGACAUCCAAACUCCUGUCUCAGGUCCUUGGUCCUCCAGAAUAGGAGUUUAUCUGGAUCACAGUGCAGGUAUUCUGUCCUUCUACAGCGUCUCUGAAACCAUGACUCUCCUCCACACAGUCCAGACCACAUUCACUGAGCCGCUAUAUGCUGGACUCUGGAUUUAUUAUGAUGGAGACACAGCUGAGAUCUGCAAACUGAAAUAGAAUCACAGAAGUUAUGAGUUAAAGUGUCUGUUUUUCAUAGGGCUUCUGGGAAUAUUACAAAAUCUGUUGGCUCUAAAACCUUCAUUCCAGCCUGAUGGAACCAUUUCUUUACCAUGUUUGAUGUGUGUUCGGGCUCAUUGUCUUGUUGAAACAUCCAACUGUGUCCAAGAUCAACCUUCUGCUGAUGGUUUUAGGUUCUCUUGAAGAACGUAGAGGUAAUCCUCCUUCUUCAUUAUUCCAUUUACUUUGUAGAAAGCUCCAGUUCCACAGAACAUGAUACUGAUUCUUUCUCCAGAGGGCUUAAAUGUGUUGUGGUUUUGCAUUUUAUUUCCUCUCCCUGAUUGUUGUGGAGAGAUCAGCUGUCAGUCCAACAUCAUGAUGUUCUCCACAGUGUUCU